GGCUCCCUGCGCCUUAGCCAGGGAGCCUCCUACGCUCCCUACUCCCAGCAAGGAGGGCCCGAGUCCCUCCCUUGUUGUGUCCGCACAACUGUCCAUCCCAACAUCCAUUCUUAGAACACUUUUUUUUUUUUUUUUAAUUCCUGGGACUCCUCUGUUUACAGGUGCCCUCCGCCUUGGGUUCCCACGUGCUUCCAAUGUCUUGGUACCUCCCAGCACCGGCCCAUGGCUCUUAGAGCCCCCUUCCCUUUGUAACUGGGUGCCCCUGAAUAGGCUUGGGACCCAAAGGAACAGAUCAGCCCAUGCGGACUCUCCCACAGAAGGUAAACUGCUGGCUGGCUGCGGGGGAGAACUUAGAAGAGACGGCUUCAAGGAGCCUUGGCUGAGCCUCGGGAGAGAGGUGUCUUCUGGAACUCCCUCGCCUCCGAGCCAGGUCGGGCGAGGACGCCAAGCUUUUGGCAUAACAUACAGAAAAGAGCAUAGAUCACAAAAGUACAUUUUGAUGAAUUUUCACAAUUGAGCAUACCCAUGGUAUCAGCACCAACAUCAAGAAACAGCAUGACCAGCCCCAGAAGCUUCCUCCAUGCCUCCUUCCAGUUCUACCCCACCUGCUCCUACCAAGGGUAUCUACUAUCUAGUGAGAACCCUUGGUUGUAAAUGACAAACUCAGCUCAUGUUGGCUUAAGCAAAAACGGAGUAUCUUCCGCAACUCAGAAGUCCAUGCACAGAAAUCUUGCACAGCUUGAUCCAGGCAAUUUAACACCAAGGAAAACAAGAGAUACAGUAAAACCUGUGAAAGCUGGAACCUCUGUAAGGCAGAAACUUGUCGGAGAAGGAAAACUCAAGUAUUUUCUACUAAAGCAAUGGAAAAGUGGUAGUAAGUCUGCACCCUCUCAAAGGUGGAAAACUUGCAAGACCAGGAAAAACAAGGCAGUCCUAUUGAGUUCCAGCUCUCACAGGUCCUGAGGAACCUGUAGGUGUCACCCAUGGAUUUGUGAUCAGCGUGGGCAGUCCUCCCAGCAGCUCUGGACAUUGGCCCCCGGCAGGUGACAUGUGGCUGCCCCGAGUCUCCAACACGGCCGUGACCGCUCUCCUGCUGGCGCAGACGGGCCUCCUUGUUUUCCUGGUCUCCCGGCCUGGAUGGCCUGGGCCGCCUUCCCCAGCGGACGGCAAGGAACGUGUGCAUGUGCUGGUGCUGUCCUCCUGGCGCUCGGGUUCCUCCUUAGUGGGCCAGCUCUUUAGCCAGCACCCCGACGUCUUCUACCUGAUGGAGCCCGCGUGGCACGUGUGGACCGCCCUCUCUCAGGGCAGCGCGUCGGCGCUGCAUAUGGCUGUGCGUGACCUGGUGCGCUCCGUGUUCCUGUGCGAUAUGGCAGUGUUCGACGCCUACCUGCCAUGGCGCCGCAACCUCUCUGACCUCUUCCAGUGGGCAGUGAGCCGGGCGCUGUGCUCGCCGCCAGCCUGCAGCGCCUUCCCUCGCGGCGCCAUCAGUAGCGAGGCAGUGUGCAAGCCACUGUGCGCACGGAGGCCCUUCGCAGUGGCUGAGGAGGCCUGCCGCUCCUACAGCCACGUGGUGCUGAAGGAGGUGCGCUUUUUCAAUCUGCAGGUGCUCUACCCUCUGCUCAACGACCCUGCGCUCAACCUGCGCAUUGUGCACCUGGUGCGCGACCCGAGGGCUGUGCUGCGCUCGCGUGAGCAGACGGCCAAGGCACUGGCGCGUGACAACGGCAUCGUGCUGGGCACCAACGGCACGUGGGUGGAGGCCGACCCGGGCCUGCGUGUGGUGCGCGAAGUGUGCCGCAGUCAUGUGCGCAUUGCUGAGGCAGCCAUGCAUAAGCCGCUGCCCUUUCUGCAAGGCCGCUAUCGCCUGGUACGCUUUGAGGACCUGGCACGGGCGCCGCUGCCCGAGAUCCGCGCGCUCUAUGCCUUUGCUGGCUUGCGCCUCACGCCACCGCUCGAGGCCUGGAUCCACAAUGUCACGCACGGGGCUGGACCCGGCGUGCGCCGCGAGGCCUUCAAGACCACGUCCAGGGACGCGCUCAACGUCUCCCAGGCCUGGCGCCACGCCCUGCCCUUCGCUAAGAUCCGCCGAGUGCAGGAGCUGUGCGCCGGCGCCCUGCAACUGCUGGGCUACCGGCCCCUGUUCUCCGAGGAGGAGCAGCGCGACCUCUCCCUGGACCUGGUGCUGCCGCGCGGCCCGAGCAGCUUCAGCUGGGCAUCGUCCACCGCCGGGCACUCUGGGCCUUAGCGGGCACCCACCAGGUCCGGGCGGCAAGUGUGGGAAGGGGGUCGGGUAGCACGGGGGGCACAGGCCGCUAAGGGAAAGGUCUGGAGUAGGGGACGGAGUCCCCAUACUCCUGGUUUCUUACUCCCCCGCUUCUCGGCUUUCAUUUGAGACUUUUAGGAGCUGGGUUCCUUUCAAUCGCACUCUUCAUGGAAAGCGAAAACUCUCGCCCGCGUGUCCUCUGGGCACAGGAAGUUAGCCCGGAUGAUUUGGCUCUUACUUCUGCAUUGAACUCUCUCCGCCGUUGGAUUGCCUCAUCCAGCUGCUGAGAAAUAUGUCUCAGCCCCGCCUGGGGAUGGAGGGGGCCUUGGCAUCUGGCCUCUUUAAGUCUCUGCCUCUCUCCCCACCACACCCUUUGGGUCCUAGGUACUCACACCCCGUCAAAGAUGUUGGUGUUCGUAUUCACCUGGAUCUUCAGUGAGAAAUCAGACAAGAUGCCUGUUGUCUUGUGGGUUCCUGUUAGUUUCUCUCUGCCCCACCUCCCAGGAGCCCACACACCCCAUUGCCCUGCCUGGGUAUGGUGAGUCUUUGAUUUGUCCUGACAGGAAGGAGCAUACCUACAUAAACAAUAAUUAACCUGUGAUACAUAAUAGAAUUUACAGCCUGUAACGUUUCAUACUCUGUUCUAUAGGAUCGCUUUGAAUCGGAAUCGA